UUUUCGUUUCCCGGAAGAGUACUUCAAAAAAGAUAACAUGCUAUCUAAAAGUUAAUAACAUGGACGUUUUCUUUUCGUCUUACAUAUAGUUAUUUUAGUCAGUGUUUACACAAGAAGCUUUCCACGCAGUCUGGACAGAGUUUAAUUUCCUUUCCAAGAUUUUGGAAAACUUGUUUUGAUUUUCUCCCAGUCUCUUCCAGGUACAAAACAUGUGUGACGGCUGCUCACCACCACCUUUGAAGGAAUGUUGUGUAAGUGGCAGCCCUCCAGCUUGUCCUCCGGCGCUAGUGGUCCCCCAUAGUCCCCUCACCCCAGUAUACCCAGGGGCCCAAGACGAGCUCUGCAAGCUGCCAGGGAGACUCAGGAUUAACCCUUCUUUAUGGGGAAAGGAUGAUGUGAGUCACUGGUUGCGCUGGGCUCAGAAGGAAUACUCUCUACGCAGGACAGAUCAGUCUAAGUUUGAGAUGAACGGCAAGGCACUCUGCCUCCUCACCAAGGAGGACUUCCGUCUGCGAUGUCCAAGCUCAGGAGAUGUGUUAUACGAGCUUCUCCAGCAUGUAAAACAGCAGAGGCGAGCCAUGGUUUGUAACUCCCUCCCCAAACCUCUAGGAGGCCAGACUGCCCACACACCUCAACACAGAGAGCUCACAGUCAGGGGGGUUCCCUGUAGCCCCUCAUACAGGACUGUACCCAUGUGCCCAACCAACUCUCUUCCAAACAACUCCCCAGUGACGAUGGUUCGUGUGUCCACCAGCAGUGCUGACCAGUACCAGGACAGAGAUCACCCCUUGCCUGUCUUCACCUUCCCUGGACAGCACAUCCACCCAGCCCCUCCAACAGUGUUGCGCUGCAAAGAGGAACCUCUCAACCUCUCCAAUAGAGUGGAAAACCCCUGCUCAUACUCCUCUUCUCCACUCACUGAAGCCAAUGGCAAGAUUGCAGACUGUCGUCUCUUGUGGGACUACGUGUACCAGUUGCUCUCAGACAGCCGCUAUGAACCCUACAUCCGCUGGGAGGACCGGGAGACCAUGGUGUUCCGCGUUGUAGAUCCGAAUGGCCUGGCUCGUCUCUGGGGUAAUCACAAGAACAGAGCUAACAUGACAUAUGAAAAAAUGUCCCGGGCACUUCGGCAUUACUACAAACUCAACAUUAUCAAGAAAGAGCCAGGACAGAAACUGCUUUUUCGGUUUCUCAAGACGCCAGAGGAGAUAAUGCAGAAUAGAGCUGAUCGUCUGGAGCAGCCUGAUUCCCCAGAGCAAAACUCCCCUGAUUACAGAGAAGAGGGCCUGGAGGUCUCCCCGGACCCUCUGAUCUCCCCAACUUCCCCUGUGACCCCCUCUCAUCACUGACCCAACUCAAAACUGUUCUUGCUCAACAGCUCCAAAGCACAGACAUAGUAAUAUAAUAAAUAUAACUGUUCCUCAGAAGAAAAGUUGCAAAAACAGAUUAACUGCAAAGGAAUUGACAGUGAUUCCUGUUAUCCAGAAGAAUCUCUACAUUUCCAAAAAAAUGUUUAAAGGUAAAACUCUAACAAGACAUAGCUAUAAAGCGCAUAUUUAUGUCCGCAUUUUCAUUUCAGUUAACAAAUUACCUGAAAAGAAAAAUGCAAACGUAACUAAAUAGAUGGAAAAAAAUCUAUUUCGUUUGUAAAAUUAGCUGGACUUUUGUUUGCAAUCAGAAAAUAAAAAUGAUGACAGUAUCAAUGUGGAACAGAAAGCUUUGAAGGUACCGAUAUUGAUAUACGUGGCUCAAUGGUUUAUUGUGUCAAAUAAAUGAUGCAGAUCAGCAUGUGAAAAACAAAAAAAAACACUAAAAGGUUUUAAAUAAAUAAUUAAAUGUCAAUUAAUGGUUUCCUAUUUAAAAAAAAACAAUAAUGGCAUCUUAUGCUGUAAGAUUACAUCAACCAGUUAAAUACUCUUGUUAUCUCAACAACAUAGCUUAAAGGGACUCUGUACAUAAAAAGGGAGAAUUCUUAAGUCUGUUUUUUUAAGAUUGUGCUACUUACGUCUUAUGCUCAGGUAUUUGUAACAUAACUUUUCAUUCCAUUAGUGGUUAAGCAGUCAGUUUUUGGUUUGACUGCCAUUUUAAACCUUUAAACUUUUGCACUGGUCACAUUUUCUUUUUUUAAAGAAGAUUCUGCUAUUGAGAUUAUUUUGAGAGAGUUAAAUAUUUUUAAUUAAAACUGUCAACUCUUAUGGUCCAAUUUUGACUUUUCAAAGUCAUUUUUAUUCAAAUAUCAAAUAUGGCAAACGCAUAUUAACACGUAUUAAGCACGUUGAUUUCAGCUGAGUGUGUGUUGAAUUUGUAGUUUUUGACUUACAGAGAAAGUAGAAUUAUUAUUAAAAUAAUUAUUUGAUAGAAAAUGGUGUAAAGCAUUGAAGUUAGCCCCAUUAAAGACUGAUAGGUGUUAAAAAAUAACAGCAUUUUUUGCUACUCCUUAACAAAUACUAUUUACAGUUUGGACGCAUACUGUACAUAAGAAACUAAAACUUAAUUAAUGUUUAAGAAUCAAUAAAAAAUGCACUGUCCCAUUUUCUAUGUGAAUGUAAUGAUGUUUCUUUUGUCAGAGUGUAAAUAUUUUACAUUAUUUCUAAACUGAGCCUUCGUCUUGUCACAUUCUGAAUAAACAUUUUGUA